AAUACACGGUGAUUUAUUGUGUGUUCCAUUAAUGCUAUUCAAAUAGGGUUUUUAUGACGAUUUUGCUGUAAGUUUCAAAAUUAAGAGCUCAAAAUGGCAUUGGGUUUCGAAAAGAAAGUAAUUGAAUGUGAAGGUCUAAAAAAAUGUGGCGAAAUUACCACAAUGUUGUCAUUGGGGAAGAAAGAGUUUUACUUGAACUGCGAGUUUUGUGACUAUUCAUUUCUGGAAUUAGAGAAUUUCAUGCAACAUAUGUACGAAGAUCAUCUCCCUGAAAUAACUCUAAAAAAUUUUGAUCAAAGCCCGAGAGAACACUAUCCAAAUUUCGAAGAGGACUCUAAAGAAAUUCUUCAAAAUCUAGUAGACGAUGAAAUGGAAAUAGAAGCUAAUCCGGAAUGUGGAAAGACAGAGGACACGGACUAUGUUUUAAGGGACUUUGAAAGAGUUGAAAUUGAAGUGGAUACAAACGAAAAUAACAAUUCCGUAGAGCCCAAAGAAGUUAUUUCGAAUAAGGAGUACAUAAGCGAAGAUAACAAAGAAAGUCAACACUCGCACGGCGCUAAAGCUCCUGUCGUAUCAGAAAAGUUCAAAUAUGAGAGCGAACCCGAAGUGGAAAGUGACAUAAUAGAUUCAGAAGAUGAAACUAGAUUAUCAAAAUGUAACAGAGAAAAAAAAUUGAUUGAAAAUAAUGAACACCGAACGUUCAUCAUCGAACUUAUUGAAGUCUAUCAUUCAUUAGGAGCGUUAUGGGAUUCAAAAUGUCCUGCUUAUACCGACAGAUUGAUAAGAAGUCAACAAUAUGAUAGCUUGCUUGCCAAAUAUAGAGAGAGGUAUCCUAAUGCCACAAAAGAUGAUGUGAGACAGAAAAUAUUUAAACUACGGGCUACUUUUCGACGGGAGUCGAAACAACUAUCACCAAAUAUGAAAUCGCAGCUUUAUUAUUUUGAAGCAAUGAGGUUUCUCUUGAAGAAUGAAAAGAAAAGUGGAGAUAACCGCCUAGAGCAGCGUUUAAAUCGAAAAAGGGAACAUUCCAGUCCAUUGCAUACGAGAACAAUACCAUACAGCCUUUUGAAUGAUGACCAAGUUGUUAUUCUUGCUCAAAUAUAUGAGAAAUAUCCAUGUCUCUGGGAUGAGAAUGACAUUACCUACAGAUUUGGAAAUAGACGACGAGAAGCUUUAAGAUCCUUAAAUGAGGAAUUCAACAACGAAACAGGAUUGAAUUUGGAAAAAAAUGAUUUAGACAGAGAAAUUUUGUGCUUACGGAAAACGUGUUCAAAGGAAAAGAAAGCAAAAAUUAUGUGUAAGCAAAAAAAAUUAGUUUACAGACCCACUUGCCCUUUCCACAAGGACAUAGAAUUCCUCGAAGUCGAUGUUAAUCCAUUCGAAUGCCAAAUAUGUGGAAAGGUUAUUUCUGGAUCAUGUAUUUACAAAAUUCAUGUGGCAUCCCAUGAUGGCUCCCUUCCGUUCAAAUGUCAUAUUUGCGGGCAUGGCUUCAAAUUGACGACCAAUUUAACAGUACAUUUACGAAGGCAUGUGCAGGAUUUUACGUACAGUUGUAAGUUGUGUAACAAGCCCUGUGCGACAACAACAGAAUUAAAAGUUCACAUGCGUUAUCACACAGGCGAAAAGCCUUUUGUGUGUGACAUAUGUGGCAAUAAAUUCAACACUGCAUCUAAAUUCGACACCCAUAAGCGACGUCAUGAAAACCGACCGCGUCAUAGGUGUGAAAUAUGCGCUAAAGGUUUCUAUACUAUGACUUUAUAUAGGGAACACAUGAGUGUUCACCGAAACAUUCGAGAUCAAAUGUGCGAUGUGUGCAACAAAGGAUUUAAAAACCGGAUGCAAUUAAAGCAACACAAACGUAUCCACGAUCCAGUAAAGAAGUUCGUAUGCAAGCUUUGUGACAAACGAUUUGCACAGUUUGCGGGUCUUAGCGGACAUAUGAAGUCCCAUGGUACGAAAUUGACUGCUAAGAAAACUUCUGCCGAGAUGGACAACAUUACGGGUAUUUUCUUAAGUGAUAAUACAGAGGAUGCCAAUGCGGCAAAAAAAGUAUGACGGAAUGUUUCUUGUUUAAAAACGGAACCACUAAAAUACUAUCAAGAAAAUAAUAUGCCCAAGCGAAACACACACAAAUCAGAACGCGGAUUGAGGUAAAAUUCAUGCACAUUAUACUUAAUUAUAUUGCUUGAUGUUAUGGGUACAAAGAAAGGAAUAUGUUAUUCUUAAACUAUUUAUAAAAAAUAAAGCUUUGUAUUGAUUUAAAAAGUUAAAAUUUA